AUGUGGAAGGGAAACAAGCUCGUGGAGAUCAUCCGUAAAAUCGAAGGAACCAUCAUGAUUGAGUUCAAGCGAAACGGUAACAACACCAUCGCUUCGAAUCGAAUUCCCCUCUAUGUGGGUGAAUUCGUUUAUGAUGAAUCGAAAGAAUCGUUUCUUCGAAAUGGUCGAGGAUACUGGAUCGAUGAAGAAACUCGGAUUGCUACUCGCGAAGUGGAAUGGAAAGAUGGAGUGGAAGUGAGUGGAAGAGAUCUCUAUGAUGGAUGGUACACUCGAUCCACAACUCCAAAACCCAAACCCAAACCCAAACCCAAACCCGCUCCGAUGCCUGUGCCUGCUCCUGCUCCUGCUCCUGCUCCUGCUCCUGCUCCUGCUCCUGCUCCUGCUCCUGCUCCUGCUCCUGCUCCAAAAAGCGAAGAACCUGCUUCUCUUCGAUUCAGCGUCACUGGAUCUACAAAAUGGACCGAUGUGAGUUUGCAAGUGACCGAUUUGAAGAUUUCAUCGAAUUGCUGUAACGAUUUGAAUGCAUUGGAUCUGAAUCGAUUCGAGUGGAUACGAUCUAUCGAAAUCGGCGAUGAAUGUUUUGGAUCAGUGAAAACAUUCCAAAUCGAUGGAUUGAAUCGAUUGAAAACUAUCAAAAUCGGAAACAAUUCAUUUACACAUAUGAAAAAAGCCGAGUGGAAUGGUAUUAGGUAUGAUGUAGCUGUCAAACAAUGUAGCAAUUCGAAAUCAUUCCACAUAUUGAAUUGUGAAUCAUUGGAAUCCAUUCAAAUUGGUGAAUGGAGUUUCAGUGAUUUUGGAGGCGACUUUGAAUUGAAGAAUCUACCACAAUUACGAUCCAUUCAAAUUGGUAUAAUCGAAGGUAGAUCAACCAUUUUCUUCAAUCGUUCAUGGAAUUUCUUCAAUAAAUCAUUUGUGAUUCGAGGUAUUGAUAUGAUAUUGAAUAUGAAUAAUGAAUAG